AUGCAGACCAGGCGGUUCUUGGGCCUUAACGGCACCAAGCUUCAGAUCGCCAUCGGCUUCUUGGCUGGCAUGGACUUCCUGCUGUUUGGUUAUGAUCAAGGCGUGACUGGCGGUUUGCUGACACUCGACUCUUUCGUCAAAUACUUCCCCGAAAUCAACACUCUAGAUUCAUAUACCGAGAACUGGAGCCCAGCAGCAAAGAGCAACCAGUCAACCCGACAAGGUAUCACAGUCGCAGCGUACAACCUGGGAUGUUUCGCAGGCUCGAUUCCCACAAUUUGGAUCGGUAACGUUUUGGGUCGUCGCAAGGCUAUCUUUGUCGGUUCUUUUAUUAUGUGUAUCGGUGCCAUUCUUCAGUGCACAUCCUACGGACUUGCUCAGCUUGUUAUCGGUCGAUUGGUCACUGGGUUCGGCAACGGAAUCAACACCUCUACGGUCCCUACUUGGCAGUCAGAAUGCUGCAAAUCCCACCGACGAGGUCAGAUGGUCAUGAUCGAGGGUGCCAUGAUCACAUGCGGUAUAACCAUCAGUUACUGGAUCGAUUUCGGAUUGAUGUUCGCAGACCCAAACGAAGUCGCUUGGAGAUUCCCGCUGGCGUUCCAGAUCUUCUUCGCCGCGGUUAUUCUGGGUUUCGUAAUGUUACUCCCCGAGUCACCCCGUUGGCUUAUUCUGAAGGGUCGCGAGGAAGAAGCAAAAGAGGUCCUGGCAUGCUUGAUGGGCGACGAGGCCGAUGAGUUGUUCAUCGACACCGAAUUCACCGCUAUCAAGGCCACUGUUCUCGAAAUGGCAACGGGAUCAUUCCGGGACAUGUUCACCAUGGGCGAAGACCGUCAUUUCCACCGCACUAUGUUGGCAUAUGUCAACCAAAUGUUCCAGCAGAUUUCCGGCAUCAACUUGAUCACCUACUAUAUUCCCACUCUUCUGGAGCAACAGGUCGGACUGGAUGCCACGACUUCACGUCUUAUCUCUGCAUGUAACGGAACGGAAUAUUUCAUCGCGUCCUGGAUAGCCGUGUUCACCGUUGAAAAGUUUGGCCGUCGAACACUCAUGCUCUUCGGUGCGGUCGGAAUGUCGAUUUCAAUGGCGGUGCUCGCCAUCGCCGACAGCAUUUCCUCAAGUCACAAACAGACCUCUAUAGGUGUCAAGGCGGGUGUGGCACAGACAGUAUUUCUGUUUGUGUUCAACACCUUUUUUGCCAUCGGCUGGCUUGGGAUGACUUGGUUGUAUCCAGCCGAGAUUGUCCCACUGAAGAUUCGUGCCCCGGCUAACGCAUUGUCUACUUCUUCCAACUGGAUUUGGAACUUCAUGGUUGUCAUGAUUACCCCUGUUGCUUUUGAAAGCAUUGGUUAUAAGACCUACGUCAUUUUCGCCGUGAUCAAUGCUGCUAUCGUACCUGUCGUCUAUUUCUUCUUUCCUGAGACUACCAUGCGUUCACUGGAAGAGAUGGACCGUAUAUUCCGCAAAACUACCAACGUCUUCAAUGUGGUAUCGCUUGCUCGCACUGAGCCCCACAUGUAUGGUUCAAAUGGUGAACUGCUGCGUACUUUGGAUGAUGUCGAGGAUGAUGCUGUCCGUCGUGCCAGCUUCCUAAACAAGGAGAGUAAGGUUCACCACCAGAGCCACACUCAACACGCAGAGCAAUACAGCGACGAACACACCAGCGAGGUGAAAUGA